AUGCCAUCCUCCACAGUCCAGGCGCGCAUAUCCAACUUCGAGACCCUCUCUGCCAAUCGCCCCUCCUCGUCGUCGCCUCCGUCGUCCUCGAAGACCCCUGCAGACAUCCUAGAGACCCCGCUCUCGCCGACCACCGCCUCUAGGCUUCAGCCUGUCGCCCCAUUCACGAACACACAUCCAUCGCCCUCACCAUCCCCGCCUAAUCUAGGAAGGAAGACCUCUCUUAUCGACCUCAAGGACUGGGUCGUCGAUGACGGACCCUCGCCGCCAAAGUCCCUUUCAAAUGGCCGUAUCGACAACACUAAAACACCCACACAGCCGGCUUUCAGCCCUAAGCGAACGAACCAAAGCCCAAGCCCAAGCACUAAUCUUUCUGUUGCAUCCAAACAGCCUCCGCAGCUCCCUCCCCGCAAGCCAUCCUAUACCUCUCUGAAGUCUCCUUCAUCCUCCUCGUCGAAACCCAGCCCACCGCAGUCGCGAGCUACCUUCUUGUAUCCGCCUAGACGCUCGGAUUCGUUGACUGUCGAGCCCGCACACAGUUAUCCUCCUUCUGACCCACAUUUACGCAACUCUUCAUCAAGCCAUGCCCCAUCCUCAUCCAUUUCCUCCUUUCACUCUGUUUCGCUUUCGUCAGACACAGACCCAAGCACACCCGGUUCUGUUGCCAAUUUCAUCGCUACUUUCCCCAUCGACCAAGAGCAGCACGACUCGCCGCCGCCGCCGAACGGCAAGCAUAGUGACGCAGAUUCCAUCAGCCUCUCGGAGUCCUACGAGGAAGUAUCCAAGUCGUCACUCGCAAGUCCGGCCACAGAGCAUUUGAUAAGAAUGGAAUGGGAGAAAGCAAUGGCGAAGCGGAAACCUGUCCCGCCAAAACUUCCGGAGCGGCCGAAUUCAGCGAGGCCUCCAUCGUCGAUAAUAAAGUCGCCACCGCCGCCUCCUUCAUAUCCAGUAUCGCGUGCAACGUCUGUUUCUGGAUCGACACCCUCUUCGCCUACUAUCCGGCCCGCGUUUUCAGGCAUGAGUACACCUCCAGUCUCAUACACACCUCGUCGCGCAGCCCCCCCACCCCCACCCUCACGUUCCUCCGACCGCUCUUCAAUACAAAGCACGACAACAACGCACAGCUUCGCCUCAAGCUCGUACUCGUUCUCCUCCCAGUCCCAACAAUCUCAUUCGCGUAUGGUUAAUCCGCCUUCCAUCAUCGGCCUCGCAGCGAAAGCGAAGCGGCCAACUCCUGUCCCGCUCGCCGCGCGUAAGCGGUACGAGCCGCUCUUCGUACAGAACGUGUUACAGCGGCGGAGGGCAGAAAACAGGAAGUCUGAGGAUAAACUUGCACUCCUGAGUCCGAGUGAGGCGAGGGGACGGCGCGCGGCAGGGUGGCGUGGGCUGUCGGUGGAUCUGAUCACGGGUGGCGAUGGAGCAGCGGCGGAGACGCAGGUGCAGCUGGAGGACAAGAUAGACGAGGUUGUGGCUGCUGAUGAAAAACUCGAGGGGGGUAUCGUAAGACUAAUAUGGAAUCGUUCUGGGCUGGAUGCUGAGCGACUGGCAGAGAUUUGGAAUGAAUGCGAUACGACGGGCCAAGGUGCUCUCAAUCUCGACGCCUUCGUCAAAGGCAUGUGGAGGAUAGACGAAGAACUUAGAAGAGCACAUGCCCAAGCUCUCAAAUCUGCCUCAACCAGCCUGGGUGCCUACCGUUCAUCAAGUCUACGCAGUGUCAAAAUCCCUCCUAAACCGCGAGAUAUACUCCGAUGA